GGAGGCGCGGGGCGGCCCGGCCGGGGGGCCCGGGGAGCCCCCGUGGGCUGUGCCUCCCAUCCGCUGCCACCCUGGCGCUGCGCUGCAUGGAUGGCGUUUUCCUCUCGCCCAACGAGGAUGACUUCGUGGGCAGGAUCGCGGAGGAGCUGGAGCAAUUCAUGCUCCAGGGGCAGCACCACAGGGUGCUCCUGUUCCCCCCUCUGUCCAGUCGCCUCCGGUACCUGAUCCACAGGACCGUGGAAAACGUGGAUUUGUUGAGCAGCUUUUCGGUUGGAGAAGGAUGGAGGAGGAGGACGGUCAUCUGCCACUCAGCCAUAAGGCUGCCCGGUGAAACUGGCGACCAAAACCCCAGCGCCAACGCACCGAGACCUCACCGACCUCCCCAGCCCUGGGGCCGCGGCGGCCGGGGGGGUGCCAGGCUGCGGCACGGUGGGGACGGGCACGGGGACACGUCUCGAGCCUGCGUGGGGUCUGGCAGGAUUAAAAGGCCGCCCCGAAAGAAGCCGGAUAAAGCCCUGUACGUCCCCAAGGCGAUGCGCAAGAAGGCAGAAUGGGGGGAGCACGAGAGCCCAGUGGUGGCUGGCGCCGAGUCGGGCGCGGAUGCGGCACGAGAAGGGGAGAUCUGCCCUGAAGCUGCAGUCAGGGAUGCCCAGGAUGAGCUGGGUAAGUCUGAAGGUGGCCCCGAGUCCAGCGCAGCAACCAGUGGUGUCUCUUUGGCCCUUGACAAGCAACAAGAAGAGAGUGUUUCAGGAAAAAGUAACGACGAUGCGAACGAUGACCAUCCUCCGUGCUGUACGGAUGUCCCCUUGUUAGAAAAUAGUAAUUUCUCUGGGCAGGAAAGUCAGGAUAAAGACUGUUCCGAUUCCCUUCCUUCCAUACACAACGAAAACCUAGCUGAAGCAGAGGAGCAAGAGCAGAGCCGUGACAGCGCUGUCGUACCAGAAGGUAGCAAGACCCUGUGCCACGCUCAAGACCAAAAGAGCCAGGGUGCCGGAGUAGUGGAGUGCAGCACAAACUCCUCCCUGUCAGAAAGCCGCGGCGCUGACUGCUGCACAGACCUGCCUGCAGCAGAGCCUGGUGCAGCGUCGCUGGUGCUGAACAACCAAGAUAAGAGCUGCGCUGAUGCCAAGAGCCUGGAGAGCGGCGGAAACGUGCCACCACUGGAAGAACAGGGCAGGGACUUUGCGAGUGCCGACGUGUCGGAGCUGGGCAAAAGUUCCUCUGAGGCUCAGGAGUGCCCCGGUGGUGCUCAGGGGGAGCACAGCCAGAACCAGCCCCCCCCUGGAGCCCAGGAUGAGCCCCUGGCCGCACCUGAGGCCAUCGGUGGUGCCAAGCCAUCGGGCCACGACGACCAGAAGCGCUGGGUGGAGGUGCCAGAGCACGACAAGGAGCGUUCGGGCUUGGCCGACGCACUGUGGCGUGAGCUGCGGCUGCCUGCAGGCGAUAAAGAGGAGAGCACGGCCACCCCGGGGCAGGGGAGCAGCCUCGAGGAUGACUGUACCGCGGAGCUCCUGCAGGAGAUUGUGGGCCAUUUAACCGUGAAGGACAUCAGCAUCGAGAAGAUCAGGUUUGAUUAUUCCAGCUAUGGAGAUGCACAGCUCAACGAGGGGGAUUUUGGACACGUAACUGAAAUCUAUGACUUCUCCCCAUCGCUGAAAACGGAGCACCUCUUAGAAGUGUUCGCAGAUUUCCACGAGAGUGGUUUCAAAAUUCAGUGGGUCGACGAUACGCACGCCCUGGGAAUCUUCUCCAGCCUGUCUGCAGCAUCUCAAGCCCUGGGGCGGCGUUAUCCUUCUUUAAAGAUCCGACCACUGAUCCACGCAACAAGGCAGUCUAAAAUUAAGGCACUUCAGCGACCAACCAAAAUAACUGCAGCAGGCAUGAAUGGAGGCACAGGUGAAUGUGAACAUGUCAAAUGCCAUAGGCUUGCCCAAACUCCUUCAGGCUGCAAAAGAGAGACCCCAAACUGAUACGGCUGUGGCGAGGAGGCUGGUGACCCGGGCUUUGGGACUGAAGCACAAGCAGCAGCAGUGCGUCUCAGGCACCGAAGGGCUCCUGCCGGAAAGCUUGGACCAGGAGGAAUAAACCAUCUCAGCUAAAAAAAAAUGUGUAGAUGAGCACAGCUGUGAUAUUAAACUGCAUGCAGAACAGUGAGUUACCACAGGGAUGUUCUCUUAUGGAUUUAGCACCGGUUUUUUCUUUAUGAAGUUGGGAAGGGAAAAAGUUUACUCUUAAUGAGAUGUUGAGCUCAGGAGCCAGGCCCAGUGGGGUUUGCAGUUAGCUCUUCACAUCCUGCCCUACUCUGUUUCAAAGCAUCUGUCACUCACUGGGGGCACUUGCAGAAAAAUUAAGGCUGCUAAGAGAAAAGCCUACCUUAUUAAUUUUUAGAGUGCACCGGAGUGAGCGAAUUGUAUCUUGUUGGCCAAAAUUCAGCUGUAACAGAGCAGAGCAGCUGCAGGAGUCAAAAAAAAUCUGUUCAAUGUUUACUUUGUUGUAAUGUUAUUGUUAAAAUAUCCCACAAUACUGACAAGCAUUGAAUGCAA